AUGAGUACUUCUGACCGCAACCCUGACUCGAGACCACUCCCGCCUGGGUUUAUCACACAAUUCGAUCCCAACUAUAAGACAUGGUUCUACGUAAACACCAAUGCCAACCCCCCAGAAGUCAAAUGGGUCCAUCCAGCGGACGAAAGACCACCGCCCCAAAGCUCAUAUGCUCCUCCUUCAGGCCCACCACCAGGCCAAGGCGGGUCGACCCCUGGUUUCCCACAACCUGGAGGGGGGUCAACUUACCCCCAGAGUAAUUCGCCGUAUCCUCCCCAGAGCAGUUCACCGUAUCCCCCUCAAAAUAAUUCACCAUAUCCCCCUCAGAAUAACUCUCCGUACCCCGGUGGACCACAAGGUCCCUACCCACCUAGCAAUGGUCCCUAUGGAGGUAAUCCGGGUCCAGAGAACCGCGGAUGGGGUGGCAACCCAUCCGGCCAAUGGAAUUCUGGAGGCGGAAACUGGAAUCAAGGUGGUCCAUCGUGGGACCAAGGAGGCUCCUCUGGACAAAGCAAAGGAUCUGGGAUCGGGGGACUUCUUGGGAAAUUGACGGGCGGCGGCAAACACGGCAGUUCGGGCGGUGGUGGAUAUGGUGGUGGAUACGGCGGCGGAUAUGGCGGCGGUCCAGGUUACGGAGGUGGUUAUGGAGGCGCUGGAGGUUACGUGCAACAACCUCCUAAGAAACAAGGCGGUGGUAUGGGGGCUGGCGGCAUGCUGCUGGCUGGUGGUGCCGGUCUGCUUGGUGGCGCAUUGAUUGCCGAUGCCAUUAGCGACCACGAUCAAGAAGAAUAUGCAGAGGGAUUCGCUGACGGAUACGAUGCUGGGGAUGAUUUCUAG